CUCGCCGCAGCUCCGAGUCUCCAACCUCGAGCCCAGUGCGAUCAGGUUCAGGUCUAACUGAUAAAAUAGCCAUGGCGUGGAGGAAGAAGAGUGGCAGCUACUCGUCGGCGUCAUCGUCGCCCGGCGCGUCGCCAUGCUACCACGACGAGCGCGAGAAGGUACCGAAGGGGCACGUCCCGAUGGUCGCUGGCUGCGGUGAACGCGUGGUGGUGCCGGUGAGGCUGCUUGCCGACCCCUGCAUCGCCGAGCUGCUGGACAUGGCGGCGCAGCAGUAUGGGUACGGCCAGUCGGGCGUGCUCCGAAUCCCAUGCGACGCGGACCAUUUCCGGCGGAUCGUCGGCGGCGCGCUUCAGAGAAGCAGCUGCUAGUUAGGCGCCCGGCGACAGACCUGAACAUGUAGGGUUGGAGCUAAUACAGAUACGGUGACGUUGAGCCACAGUGUACAUGAUUUAUAUAGUUCGUUAGACUGUGUUACUCUGUUCUUUGAUCGAUCGGUUCUUUGAUCAAUAUAUG